AAGUAAAAUAUCUAACCGCACCGACGUAGUUUCAUAGUUUCCUAUCGUCGUUGGACCACCAAUAAGUCCAUGAUCAAAGAUUCCUUUUUCUUGGAUGUCUGGGUAGCGAGCAAUUUGCGUACGUCUCGUACGAAAACUUACAAAAGUGGUGACGCGUCAGCCUUAGCUAGAUAGAUAUUCCUUCCCGGAAGCUUCAGCCUCGUGUGGAAGACCCGGUCCUUCGGCGGAAGCUUCCUCGAGCACGUGUUGUGGCCAAGAACGCCACCAGUGGCAGAAAUUAUUGUGCACCAAGCUUCCUACGAAGCGCGCGGGCUAUACCCCACGUGCUAAAAGACGAGGGAAGCUUCCGGGUACCUGGGCAGCCUAUCGCCAAAUUUCUCCCAUUACAUAAGAGCAGGGCAUCGCCGAUUCUUCCUCACCGCUUGCGAGCGCUAAUUCUCUCACAGGUCAAGUCCAUGGAGAUGUUAAAUUGCGAGGGCAUUGGCUCGGACUUCUUCACAUUCUCGGACGAGUCGAGCUUCCUGGCCAAGAAGAUCGAGGAUAGCCUCCGCGAGAGGAGAGGAGGAGGAGGAGGAGGAAUGGCGAGCGUUGUGAAGCAGGAAUUCGUGGAUGAUGGCGGCUUAGAUUGGGCGAGCUUCUUGCAAGUGGAUGACAAGAAUGCGAGCAGCGGCGCGGGAUUCCCAGCUGCUGCUACUCCACUCUCGAAUCCCAGCCGCGAUCACAACCCCAGGAGCAAGCUGCGAGUGAGCUUGCCGCAAGUCACAGAGGACUACCUCAUGGCGGCGGAGACGCUCCUCAUGGAAUCGCCCGUUGCAGCGGCGUGGCAGCCGUCGCCCAAGCUGAGCCCCUGCUGGGGAUCGAAGCGGAUCAACACAGGCAUCCCAAAUCACCUCUUCUUCCUCAACGAGAACGAUUCCGAGGAGAUGCCGCUCUACGGGCUGCUCAAGGAGGCGGCCACCAGGCACCCAUUCGAUUCCGCCCCCACGAAGAUCGAAGCAAUCCAAGAUGUGAAGCCAGAGCCUCCGGUGGCGGUGGCUAUGGCGGCAGCAGCGGCGCCGCCAGCGGCGGUGGCGCCCGUACAGCCGGCCAGCCAGCCCCGGAGGCAGUACCGGGGCGUACGGAGGAGGCCCUGGGGGAAAUUCGCGGCGGAGAUCCGCGAUUCCACCAAGCAGGGCGCGCGGAUCUGGCUGGGGACGUUCGAGACCGCCGAGGAGGCAGCGAUUGCCUACGAUCAGGCCGCCUUUAAGAUGCGGGGGCGGCGAGCGCUGCUCAAUUUCCCCCUCCGCCUCGCCACCCCUGCCGCCGCCGCCGCCGCCCGUGCCGAAUCGUCGUCGCCCGAGAGCUCCGUCACCAGCGCGAUCGAGUCUCAAAAGGAGCGAACGAGGAAGAGGGCGCGAGAUUCUUCCUUGUCCCAGUCGUCCAGCAAGAGGCAAGCUCCCCUGGUUGUGGAGAUCCAAGAGCCCGACGUGGAUUACAUGGAGCAAUUGUUGUCCGGGCUGUGAUUCUCGGGUUCUAGAUUCUAGAAAGUUUUGGCGACCAUUGUUCAUGACCGUACUGACCCCUCAAAUUGGAUGGAAAAAAGCUUUGUAUUGCUGAUAAUUUGAUGAUU